UCAACAACCCUCCUUCCUCCCUAAACCAAUACAGAGUUCUCGGUAAGCGGCGUCAAAACCAACCACGAAGCUGUUCAAAAAUGAUGGAAAUGACGGCUAAGAGCAAAAAGCUGCUACAUGCCCAGGUUGAAGCACUCUUGAGAAAAGUGGAACAUUUCAAUAAAACAGAGAUCGAGAAUCUGAUCCUGAUGUUUAACACCCUUAUGGCGGAGCAGGUCAGCCGAGGGCGACCAGCAAAUGGCCUGAAAAGAGGGAAGUUUAGAGGCGUACUGCAGGGCACUUUUGAGAUGACCAAUGCCGUGAUGAUGGACGGAGUUUUCAGAAGUUUUGACAAAGAUGGUGACGGUGUCAUUAUUCUGGAAGAGUGGAUCAGAGGACUUUCUGUUUUACUUCGUGGGACUCUUGAAGAAAAAAUAAAGCACUCCUUUCGAGUGUAUGACUUAAAUAAUGACAAGUACAUCUCCAAAGAUGAGAUUUUUCACAUGCUGAAGCACAGCUUCAUCAAGUGGCCUAGUGAGGAGGAUCCAGACGAAGGAAUUAAAGAUGUGGUUGAGAUCACAAUGAAGAAGAUGGACCUGGAUCACGAUGGCCUGCUGUCUUAUGAGGACUUUGAAAAAUCAGUGCUAGAUGAGAACCUUUUCCUUCAGGCAUUUGGACCCUGCCUCCCUGAGGACACGACUAUUGAGAAGUUUGAGGAGGUUGUGUUUAAGGAACCAGAGCAAUGAAACAUUUCAUAUCAGUGCAAACUUUCAACUGUGUCU